UGCAUUUAUAAUUUUAACGUGUGAUCUGAAAUAUAUAUUUCUUAAGUAAAAUCGAUUAUCAAUUAAUAAAAUAUUGAUUACUUUCUUAUUGUGAUUUUCUCAUCAUUUAAAUAAUGAACAGUUUUCAAACAUAUAACGUGUCGACGCCUGCUUUUGUAACCAAUAUUCGCAUACCGAGUGAACAGGUAUUAGAAUCGUUGGGAUUCUUGUUUACUAAACACCAGAAUUACAGCCACACGAGAAUUGUUUAUAAAGUUUGCGAUGACCAAAUGGCCACUAAUUAUCAUCAAAACCGCAGACCAUUACCACCAGAAAACACGCCAUCAUUACUGCUGUCCAGAGAGGAAAACGAUGUAGUCUUCAGCCUAUUGGGCAAGAAGUGUGCCACACUAUCGACAUCAGUGGUGCAGCUGUUGCUGACGGAGGCGCCCCAUCACGCGAAAUGGCAGAUCCGGUGCACAGGAGUGGUCUGUUUCGUCAAAGACAACCCCAAGAGAUCCUACUUUAUAAGGGUUUACGACUUCGAUAGACAGCAAUUGGUUUGGGAGCAGGAGUUGUAUAACACGUUUCAGUACAACACUCCCCGAGAGUUCUUCCAUACAUUCGAGGCUCACGACUGUAUGGCUGGUCUGAACUUCGCCAACGAUCGGGAAGCCAAGCAAUUCAAGGAUGCAAUCCAUGGGAAGUUGAAUGAAAGACAGAGAAGACAAGAGAAACGACUGCAGAACAGCCAACAGCACAACACCCCACAGCCGACGCUCACCGGAGUUACGGUGCCGGCGGCCACCGCUAAUCGCUCGCAAUCGUUGAGUUCGCUGCAGAGUCAGCCCAAGAAAGGCAAGAAAGACAAGAAGAAGGAUAGAAAGCUGACCAAAGACCAGAUCGGCGCGCCCUCCAACUUCCAGCACAUCCAACACAUCGGAUGGAAUCCCAGCACUGGCUUCGACUUAGAGAAUGUUGACCCAAAGCUCCGGCGCUUCUUCCAAGAGGCCGGCAUUUCGGAGGAGCAGCUCAAGGAUCGGGACACUCGCGACUUCAUCUACGACUUCCUCGAGCAAAACGGCGGUAUUCAGGCCGCGCUCCAAGAGGUGAAAAGCGUGCCUCCUAUACCGUCGGUGCCGCCGAUCGCCUCUAUGCCGCCACAACAGCCCAAACACCACAACAAUCAGCGCAAUCAUCCGCCGCAACACUCGGGUCACAACGUCUCGGACUCGCCAUCGAUCCCAACGCACGCACCGCCGCCGCCCCCGUCCUCGUCAUCCUAUUUGCACAGUCGGUCGCCACACAAACCAUACGCCCCGUCGAUUCCGAUACCAUCGAUGCCCAUCUCAGCUCCACCACCACCACCGCCGCCAAUGGCAGCCUCUCCACCGAUGCCCAGCUCUGCACCGCCGCCCCCACCACCCCCUCCACCCAUGCCGUUUACCGGAGCACCCGUACCGCCCCCACCACCGCCGAUGUCUGGGCCUCCUAUGCCGCCGGCGGCUAGUCUGCCGCCCGUAACGGACAGCAGGUCGGCACUCAUGGACCAGAUCCGACGGGGAAACCAGUUGAAGCACGUGGAGGCCGACUCGGACUCCAACAAAAGCAACACAUCCAACAGCGACGACCCCCGCAAUGCGCUGCUAAAUCAAAUUAAACAGGGAGUGGGUCUGAGGCCAGUGGAUGACCGGCCCCUCAAACCCCUCCCAAAGAGUACGGACGAGGCGGGCGGCCUGAAGGAGGCGCUCAUGCGAGCCAUGAACGAGAGGAACCGGGCGAUCAAUCACACGGAUGAGAGCGACGGCGACUCUGGCGGCGCCAGCGAUGGUGACGAAUGGGACGACUAGUCCUGUGUUAGAGGACAGUCGAGAGUAUUAAAAGAAACUAUUUUUUUAUCGUAUGAUUAAUGGAUUCGCGACUUAUAUCUGACACGAGAAAAGCGUCGUUCAAAACGUAUUGAGAAAAUAAUUUAUUAUUAAAAACCAAAGUUUUGCUUUCAUUUGAGUACAACUUUUGAGUUCAACUAUUUUGUCGGACAGUUUUUCACUUUACAUUCAGUCCCAAGCAA